GUUGCCCUCCGUCUUCUUCCUUUGCCUCUCUCUCUUCACUUGUGUCCUUCUCGGACGUUUCUUUUUCUUUACGAGAUCUCUCUGCAAUUUUUUCUCCCUAUAUUUGCACUUUUCCUUUCUCCGAGAGUUGUAAGCUAAGAGAUUCAUGUGCAUUUUCUUUUCCUCAUUUCGUUCUGUGUCAUCAUUUCUCGGAAACCUCCUCUAAUUUUCUCCGCCCCUUCAAAUUUUCCGUUUUUCCCGAUCGGAGAUUUCUUCCACAUGCCUUUCUCCUCCAGGGAAUUUGAAAUGUUUCUCCCCGGGCGUUUCUCACCGAUUUCGAAUGCGUGAAGUAUGGAUGCAUUUCGUCUCGCCGGUCUCGGUUCCCGCGAUCGAUUUGGCUCCGUAGUACCCAACUCUCGUGAAGGGAAGAAACAGAUUCAGAAACUCAAGUCUCAGAGAUCAUCUCCGGAUUCCAACUCUUACCACCGUGACAGUCUGGGUGAAGACACGUUGGCAUUUGAGCUCCGGUGGAAAUCUGCUCACCAGAUCGUAGGAAUGCCUGUGAAAAGUUUGUUGGCGCAAGAGAUGUCCAAGCAAAAUGAAUGUAAAAGGAGAUCACCCAGCAUUAUAGCAAAGUUGAUGGGUCUUGAUGGGCUGCCGCCUCAGAUUUCUUCCCACAAGCAACACAAGUCUGUGGAGAAUCAACAAGGCAGGACGAGAGCAUCCGAGAAAGCUCAUGGAGGCAGUGCACAUAAUGCUGAUAGAUCUUUCAGAAGGGGAUCAAAGGACGAGCAAGAAUUCAAAGAUGUCUUUGAGGUUCUGGAUGCAAAGAAGGCCGAGAGCAGUAGAAACUUGUAUCGGGGAAGGGGUAAUGCUAAUCUCACCAAGGCAGAGAUGGCAUUUAUACGUCAGAAGUUCAUGGAAGCUAAGCGUCUAUCUACAGACGAGAAGCUUCGACAUUCCAAGGAAUUCAGUGAUGCCCUCGAGGCUCUGGACUCUAACAAGGACCUCUUAUUGAAGUUUCUUCAGCACCCAGAUUCAUUAUUCACAAAACAUUUGCAUGACCUUCAAGGCACAGCUCCCAAACGGCACUACAGCCAAGUACCAUCUUUGAAGUCUUCCAACUGCCCAAAGUAUGUGGAUAGCUUCGAAACCCAGAAGGCUGAUAGAGGAUUAUUCAGGAAGGGUCACAGGUUGCGUACACCUAGCCAGUCUCACACUAGGCAUGUUUCUUAUGAUAGUGCUCUUAACUUAUCACAGGAGGAGCUGGAAGAGAGAAGUGUGUUGCAACCCACCAAGAUCGUUGUUCUGAAACCUAACCUUGGGACGAUUAGAAAUGCCGAUAGAACCCUUUCGUCACCGAGUUCUUCUGAUGAGUUCAGGGCAGAUCGAAGGCUUCCAUGCACAAGCAAUCGGAGCUCAGAAAUGUGGGGCAGACAGAAAGCUUAUGAAGACGUCAGCCUCUCGAGGCACAAGACUAGAGAGUCCAGAGAAAUUGGCAAAACAGUCACUAGGCAAGUGAAGACAACUUGUGCUGGCACUAGUUACACGAACUUUGAGACUUCAGGAUUCAGAGGAUAUGCCGGGGAUGAAAGCUCAUCUGGGAGUGACUCUGCAAGCGAAUCUGAGUUAGUAACAGUGGCUGCAAGGGCAAGAUCCACCUUUAACCGUAGGAACCACCAUCGAUCUUUGCGUUCCAGGUCAUCUGAACUGUCUGAGAGUAGGGAGGCUAAGAGGAGACUCUCAGAGAGAUGGAAGCUGGCGCACAAAUCUGAGCAAGAGGGGGAGAUAUGCAGAAGCAGCACACUGGCUGAAAUGCUUGCAAUUUCCGAGAGGGAAGCUAGACAAGCAAGUUUUAAUGGCCUCUCUUUUGAAGAGGGUUCUAGCAGAAGGUUUGAUAACAAUGUUGGAUGGUCUGAGCGGUCAGAACCGAUUGGAAUCAGCAGUAGGGAUGGUUGGAAAGGUGCAUCCACAAGAAGUUAUUCAAAACCCAGAACCAUAAUGAAUCAGGAGAGCACUAGUGGUUACAAGAUUGUGAUACCUAAGGUGACAAAAAAGCAGUAUGGGGAAGUAUGGUUGUCGGGAAAUUCCAGACCCAGCAGUAAGCGAUCUCAAUCAUCGUACAAUACUUCACCAGAGAUCAACAACAUCAGCCCAAGUUCAAGCAAAAUCCAUUAUAUGGAUGACGGUGGUUUCGAACAGAGGCUUCCGGCUCUUAAAGCGCAUUCCAGUUUCUCAGCAGAUGUAAAUUCAGACAUGGAGAAUGGUUCAAAUUCGGAGGAUACCAAGACCACCUUGUCUUGUGAACCACCAAACUUGUCGGCUUCCACCUCAUUAACUGACCCUGAUAUCUCAGGCCGGUCAACCGAGGAUGUAAAUCAGUCUUCUGUUCAUGAACUACAAUCUCGGGAAAAGACAAAGGAAGGCAAUCAACCAAGUCCAGUGUCAGUUCUUGAAGCAUCUUUCCGUGAUGACUUUUCAUCCAAUUCCAAGUGUUUUGAGAGUAUCAGCGGGGAUCUGCAAGGGCUCAGGAUGCAACUUCAACUACUCAAACUAGAGUCAGGGGUUUAUGAAGAGGGGCCCAUGCUUGUUUCGAGUGAUGAAGAUGCAGAUCAAGAGGAAUCAUCCAGACUAACAGAUGAGAACAUGAUAGCCAAUGAGUCUCGAGAAGAUUGGAAAUUGUUUUACUUGGUUGAUGUCUUAGCCAACUCCAGGUUCAGUGACUCAGACCUAGAUACUUUCAUGGCGACGUGGCAUUCCUCUGAGUCACCUGUAGCCCCAUCUUUGUUUGAGGAGCUCGAGAAGAAGUACUCUGACCUAAAACCCUCAACACGGCUGGAGAGGAAGUUCCUUUUCGACCAGAUCAAUGGGGAGCUUCUCCAGAUAUUCCAGCAGGUCGCAGACCCUCACCCAUGGGUGAAACCGACAAGAAUCUGUCCAAAAUGGGAUACGUAUCGGAUCCAAGAAACUCUACGUGAUCUGGUCACGAAUAAAGACGGGAAACCAAGCAAAGAUGCGGAGGAAAAAGCUCUGGAUAAGGAGUCCAAGUGGCUGAGCUUGGAAGAUGAUAUCGAAGUCACAGGUAGAGAGAUUGAGAAACUGCUCACAGAACAACUCAUCGAAGAGCUAAUCGUCUAGAAAGGCACAUUAUAUGUAUACACAAACUGAAAAUGCAACAUGUAAUGACAGUUUCAUGCUCCAUCAAAUGAUAUGAUGAAAAUAAGGAGCUUUGCCCAAGUAAGAAAACUUUCCGUCUUUCUUGAUGAACAUCAAAAGCCAAGGUCAGGUUUAGGCAGCCAUUGCCAUGGAUUCUCUUUAA